GUCGAUGACGACUGACAGAAGUUACCGAAACUAUGUGUGAUGUUCCUCCAAGUUAAAGAUAAUCGUGUUUGCCGAUAGUUGAGGGACCAGGUUCGUCGGUUACAAGUUUUUUUGCUACUGGUAGACAGCCUGCCACCAAGCCAUGGCAGACACUGUGCCUUUCAGCGGUAUUCGUGAUCCCAGUGAGCGCAUACGAGCUCUGUGUCGGGCAGGGGGACAGGUAGAUAUUGACCCUACGAUCCCAACUAAGCUGUACUUCCGUUCAGGGGGACAGAUGAUCAGAAUGGCCACAGUUUACUAUGAUGAAGGCAGCUUGGAAUCUGCUUUUAUUCUUUUUACAAAGUAUAUUACGCUUUUUGUAGAAAAGUUGCCAAGACAUGCAGAUUACAACCAGGCUUCCAAGGCCGAUAUUAAAGAUGUAAAAAAGAAAUUGCAAGAUGUAUUCCCUAUCGCUGAAGAAUUGAAGGAAAAAUUGCGGAUAAAAUACAUUGAGGAAGAAACAAAAAGAAGAGAACAGGAGAGACAGCUACAAGAACAGAUUGCUAAAGAGCAGGAAAGACUCAGAUUAGAGCAGGAAAAACAUGAACGAGAAGAAAAAGCUAGACUAGAAAAACUCCGAAUAGAAUCUGAAGAGUUAUGGAUACAAGAACAAGAGGAAAGAUUUCGACAGUUACAGGAAAAAGAGAAAGAGAAGUUAGAGCAGGACUUGGCUCAGUUAAAUAUUGGUGCUAACACACCGGACUUACCUAACAACAAGACAAGUGUUUCUGGGGGUGCUGGCUAUCAACAACCUAUACCUAACUUUGUGGCUAAUGACCUCUCCAGUAAUACACCUAGCAUCCCUAGUAGGGAUUUGAAGAAAAAUGUCAUAGCUGAUUCCAAAGGUCCUGGGUCAGCUCUUCCAUCCACUCCAAGUUUUGACAGAAGUACGAAGCCGGCAGUAUUUGAUCACUUCACAAGUAUUGGCAGUUUUGAGGGAAGCGUAAAAGGCUUACAUCCAGUAGUGGUACCAACAGUUUUGAUGCAGAAGUUUUUGGAAACCGCUAAACCUAAUACAGAUCGAAACAUUGAGACUUGUGGAAUACUAGCUGGAAAACUGGCCCGUAACCAGUUCCAUAUUUCCCAUGUGUUGAUCCCCAAGCAGUCCGGAACCUCAGAGACAUGCACCACACAAAAUGAGGAAGAGAUCUUUGAUUAUCAGGACUCCAAUGACCUCCUAACUUUAGGGUGGAUCCAUACUCACCCCAGCCAGACAGCAUUUUUGUCCAGUGUUGAUCUUCACACACAUUAUUCCUACCAAGUCAUGUUACCAGAGGCCAUAGCCAUCGUCUGCUCUCCAAAGUACCAGGAGACUGGUGUAUUUAUGCUGACGCGGGAGAGAGGGAUGGUUAUAAUUGGUAGCUGUAGAGAGAAAGGUUUUCACAUGCACCCUACUGAGCCACCAUUAUUUGAGAACUGCCCUCAUGUUAAUCUAGUGGACGGAGUAUCUGUCAUAUUAAAGGACUUCCGCAAAUCCUAACGUGGAGAAUUUCAACAGAGCUGUAUUCUGCAGAGGCAGAUGAACUCCUAUGAUUUCAUGGAGUGUGACCAGAUAGUUCAGCAUUAACAAUAAUGUCUACUGCAAUCUGCUUAUAAAUUGAAACCAUUUUAAAUCUGUAUUGUGCAGUUUAUAGGAAUAAAUCCUUUAUUCUUUAACUUCAUGAAUAUGCCUGUGCAUUGUUAACACACCCAUCACACAAUGGUGCUCUCAUGUUGAAGGGUAACGUUGUCUUUCAGUGUAAUCGUGAAAAAGAAAUUUUGUUUUUUUAAUUUUUGUCACAUUCCCCACAAUCCUAAAGGCUGAUGGUAUUAUUGAGAACUUAUGGUAUUAUUUGUUUUGGCCAGUCAUGAAAAUGCUUCGUUAACACUCUUGCUAAAACCAAAGCUUUUGUGAGACCUGAACACCUGUCAGUGUUAUUUAGCUUGUUUAUUUGUUUCAGGCUGUAGUUAAGAAUAGUUCACUUCUAUGACAGUGGUUAGAUUUACCUGUGGAAACAAAUUUCUUUAUGUUAUGCAGCAGCCCAGUUUGUAGCCUGUUUCAAAAAUGUGUGACUUCAUUCAUUGAUACAUGUCUGGUAGUCUUCACUGAGCUUAUUGCUCAAGAGCACUAAGCAAGUGAGAGCUCACAAGUGCUGUUGUAAGGCCUGUAUUAUUUACUAAUACAUAUAAACAGAAUUGCCUGUAUGUCCUGCACAAACCACCAUAUGCUCCAGUGACUGAUUUCUUUAAAUUCAGUCUUUGUGUUCAAAACAUAUAAAAAAAAUGCAUGUACAUAUGAGUAGACCUACACCAUGUCAUGAAAAAAAAAACAAAACAUUAUUUAAAUGUGAAGAGAGUAUUUUUUCAGACUUUCAAGUGAGUUAUUCAAGGUAGAUAUAUACAGAUACAUGUAGAAAGACUUGUCACUUUGAAUACGUACUGAUGUUGCAGAUUGUUGUAUAUGAUUUGCUGUUACCAUUUCCUUGUGAUAGUUGUCCUGUAUUUUGCAAAAUUUUAUAUAGAAUUGCCCUUUUUUAACCGUUACUGUAUAUUGUAGUGUGUAAGGUUGUCUAAAUUUAAAGAUUUGUUCAUGAACUAUGAUAUUUGUUUACUCCUUAGAUGGUAAAGCUUUAUAUAGAAGUUCUACAGUGUAAAAUGUGUAGUUUUCAAGUUAUGUCAUGAGCAACAAAGUUAGUAGUACCAAACGAUAUCUCCCCCUUACGACAAAGGGCUGCUUUCCAACAUGUAUCUUUCGGCGUAAAAUUUGGUACGUUUCGAUAAAAUAUCAUUAUUUUUUUUUAAGUAUUUGAUGUAUGAAUCCAUGCAAGAAGAUGUUACAGUAAAUUAGUCUAAUCAUGUUUUAUUAAUAAGUUUUCUCAAUAUGUUUUCUAUAUACAAUGUACCACCCUAUGUUAAAUUUGGCAGAUUCACCCAAAAAUGAGGUAAAGAGAUGGGGUCAUCUUCUUGUGUGGACAUCACUCUGUUAUCAUAAUGCCGAGACUCGAAAUUUGCAUAUUGGAUAAGUAUGCCAGAUGUGUGUCUGUGUGUGAUGAAUGUAACUAGUACUGGUAUGUUAAAUUUCUGGUUCAUAUGUCUGUUUCACGGCUCUAAUAACUGGUUAGGUAAAUAUGAGUGGAGGGAGAUGAAAGGAUUCCAAACUGCGCUAAAUCAUUUUUGUGUUUGUACAGUAAAGCCAGUGUAUACAGGCUGGCAUUGUGAGUAGAUAAGUGAUUUUCAU